CGGGAUGGCUGAAAUGGAAAAUCACUCACAGGCUUUCUUCUAAGGCUGCUGCUUCUGGGACACCCAGCCAAGACACAGACAUCAGCGAAGUACCACAGGUACUCCAGCCUUGAAGGCAUGGUGUGGAAGAGGGGCACGGUGCACACCACCACCUCAGUUACUUGUCUCCUGCCUCUGCUGACUCCUGGGCCCCACAGACAGUUUCCUUCUGGAAGAUGGUGGUGCGAAGAGCUGCCUAAACACACGUUCUGCAUGGUUAGCAUCAACCUAAUGCCACAAACUCGUAAAGCCAGCCUCUGACUCUAGCCACUGCAUAGCUCCUGUCUGGGUAUGACUGAGUUAUCUACUGGGUGAGAGCCUCACCUGCAUGGAGGGCAUUAAUCACCCUCAGGGGAGUGCUGCUGUGGUUUGGCUGAGCAAAGCUGUCUGAAGGAUAUCAAGACUGGAAUAACCUCUUGCCAUCACUUCGGUGUGAUUAAUAUCUGAAAUUACUUCUGCAUAACUGUUAAAAGAAAUUCACAGUUUUUGCUCUUGGAAAAAAUAGAAAGUCUCCCAUCCCAGCAUUCAAUGCACUGAAGUGGAAAAGAUGCUUGACCAGGGACUUGUUUGUCCUUCCCCAUGCUGUCAUUUAAACUCUGCAUACUCAGAGAUCUGUGUACAAAGUGCCUGCUAAACUGGCUGCUACGUGAUGAGAACAUGGUGUUUCAGAGUGUCCUGAACCUUGCUGGCCCUGUUCCUGGAAGGUGCUAAGCAUCGUUGCUUCACACAGAGUACAGUCUGCAGCCUUCGUGAAGUACUGUGUGACCUCUUGCCUGGGUAUGAAGGUUUUUCCUAAAUUAACCUCCUUCCAGAGCCAUACCCAGAUACUGUCCACCUCACCCUCGAGCUGCUCUUUGAGGCAGGAAUGUCCUCCCCAUCCUCUUCAGCAUUGGAGACUGAGAUCUUCCAGUACAUUGAUCUGCAUCAAAGUGAUUUCAUUAAGGAUCUCAAGGAAUGGGUGGCUGUGGAAAGCGAUUCUGUGCAACCGGGCCUGAGGAGAGAAGUCAUACGAAUGAUGGCGUUGGCAGCAGGCAGACUUGCAGCUUUGGGAGCCACUGUUAAUUCAGUAAACCUGGGAUCACAUCAGCUUCCUGAUGGCCAGAACCUCCCACUGCCGCCUGUUAUUCUCGGGGAGCUUGGCAAGGAUCCACAAAACCCUACUGUCUGUUUCUAUGGCCACGUGGAUGUGCAGCCUGCUAGGAAGGAAGAUGGCUGGAAAACUGACCCUUACACGUUGACCGAAAUUGAUGGAAAUCUCUAUGGCCGUGGAGCAACUGAUAAUAAAGGACCGGUCUUAGCUUGGAUAAAUGCAGUGGAAACAUUUAGAGCCUUGAAAUUAGCUGUACCAGUAAACUUCAAGUUUAUUAUUGAAGGUAUGGAAGAAGCAGGGUCUUUGGGGCUAGAGAAGCUACUUGAAGAAAAAAAGCAGUGCUUUUUCUCGGAUGUUGAUUACAUUGUGAUUUCGGACAACCUCUGGCUCAGCAAGAAGAAGCCAGCCCUCACAUAUGGGACGCGGGGCAACGCCUGCUUCUUUGUGGAGGUCGAGGGUGGUGACAAGGACCUUCACUCUGGAACUUUUGGAGGCAUCAUUCACGAGCCGCUGACGGACCUGGUAGCUCUGCUGGACAGCCUUGUGGAUCCCACAGGUCAUAUUCAGAUCCCUGGGAUCUAUGACAGUGUCGCUGCCCUGACAGAGGAGGAGAGGAAAUUGUAUGAAUCCAUUGAAUAUGAUCUAGAGGAACAUAAAAAUAAUAGUGGAGUGAAAAAAUUCCUCUACAGUACUAAGGAAGAAAUACUUCUGCACCUGUGGCGUUAUCCUUCACUCUCUAUUCAUGGGAUUGAAGGAGCUUUUCACGAACCGGGAAUUAAAACAGUCAUUCCAGCAAAAGUUACAGGGAAAUUUUCAAUUCGCCAAGUUCCCUAUAUGGAUCUUGCAGUUGUGAAACAACAGGUGGAGGAGCACUUGAAGAAUGUGUUUUCCAAGAGGAACAGUCCAAACAAACUCAAAGUGUCUAUGCCACUGGGUGCGAAGCCCUGGGUUGCUGAUGUUAAUGAUCCACUAUAUAAAGCAGCAAGAAGGGCAAUAAAAACAGUUUUUGGAGAAGAUCCAGAUUUUAUUCGGGAUGGUUCAACAAUUCCUAUUGCCAGACUGUUUCAGACUAUAACGCAAAAAAGGGUAAUAAUGUUUCCAAUUGGAGCGGCCGAUGCUGGGGAGCACUCCCAAAAUGAGAAGAUAAGCAGAUACAACUACAUUGAAGGAACCAAAGUGUUUGCAGCCUUUUUCCUGGAGAUAUCAAAGCUACGUGGGCAGUUACAUGAAACUUCCAGCCCGGAGACUAAAAACUGACAGACCAUCAUAACAAAAUCAGCAAAACACUUUUUCACUUUUUUUUUUUUUUUUUUUUUUUUUUUUUUUUUUCAGUUUUAGGCUAAUUUCCUGAUCUGGAAAAACAUGUAAAUCACAUAUUCUAUGUGACUGAAUUUGUGGAAGAAAUAAAUGCCAUGCUAUCACUUGGCAUACUGCUAAAUUACAUGCAUUUGUUAUUCAGCCAGUCAACUGGACUUAUCCCUGAUGCUAUAAAACAGAGUUACAGAUAGUUCAUUCUCAUGGAGUAGAAUGUGUUAUAUUUUACUUCUAAAAUUUAGGGCAAAGGGAAUUUUGACAUUUACUUCAUUAAAAUUACUUUAUUUCUGUUUUGUAAUACACCCAUGUUUAUGCUACCUAGCUCAUAUUCCAGUUUCUGAAUACAAGCAAUUCACACCACUUCAUACCUCCUACCUAUAUACAAAAUUUCACUAUGAAAGUUUUAGAAUAAAGAUAUACUGUUACAUUCA